AUGCACAACGAAGUUGCGGUGAAUGUCUUGGGUACAAUUGGUACAGUUCUUUGGUGCAUCCAACUUGUACCUCAAAUUAUAAGAAACUUUAGGACGAAGAACUGUGAAGGUUUACCUCCACUCAUGAUGUUUCUUUGGGCUGCAAGUGGUGUACCGUUUUCGAUAUAUUUUUUUGGGAUAGAUGGUUCUAUUCCGCUAAGGAUUCAACCACAAUUGUUUACAUUUUUCUGUUUGGUGACGUGGGCUCAGGUAUUAUACUAUCCACCAAGCGUUGUGGCGAGGUGGAAGAUGGUUGUCUUAGUUGCCACAUUUGUGGUUAUAUCGAUCGGAUUGGAAGUAGGCUUUAUCUUGUGGCUCAGGCCACUUCACAGGAGGGGAAUUAAAUGGCCCAUGUUGAUUAUUGGAAUCGUAGCAUCAGUGCUCUUGGCCUUGGGAUUGAUCCCACCCUAUUUUGAGUUGGCUAAACGGAAAGGGCGUGUUAUUGGUAUCAACUUUGUCUUUUUAACGAUGGAUUCAUUGGGUGCUAUUUUUUCAUUAUUAAGUGUUGUUGUGGGAGAGAUAGACAUCAUGAGUAUCGUUUUGUAUGCUAUUGUCUUUGCCUUGGAAUUAGGUAUUUUCACUAGCCACUUUAUAUGGUGGUUGCGGUUCGGAAGAAAGGAGAAGCAAGAUGCCAAAAAACGUGAAGAAAAGGGAGAGGGAGAAGAAGAAGAAGAAGAAGAAGAGGAGGAGGAGGAAAGCGUAGGGGAAGAAGAAGAAGAAGAUUCCUCACAAAGCGAGAACCUAAAUAUUGAAUCAGAGCCAUCAACGCCUUUAAAUAACCUAAAAAGCGAAAAAUUUGAUGAACAGAUAGUAUAA